ACACCACACGGCAAAGCUCCAUCUUAAUUCACUAGACAGUAGACAUUCACUUGCGCGGCAUUCGGGUGUAUAUACAGGCUGCUACAUCUGUCAUAAUUAUUCUCUCUCUUUCAUCCAUUCCACUUUUCUUCCUCAGACCAUCUCCGAUUCACAACCUUAUUUCGGAUCUCCUGUUCGUAAGAUCAUAUCAACAUCAGAUCUUGUUCAAUAAUUCGUCAUCUGAGGUACAUUUUCAAUUUCACUUUUGAAACUUUCUUCAAUUUUAUUGGCAAUAAGUUUUACUGAUCAAAAUUAUACGCAAUAAUGAAUUCCAAUUACGGCAAGAAUGGUACGAACAAUUUCGAUUUUGAUUUAGGAAUCCGAUCAAAUUUUCCUAAAUCCCUAAAUGAUCAGAAAAACAAAUCGAAUUCUUACUCAUACAUGUCAUCUGCAACCUCUUCGUUGUCGCAAUCGAAACCUGCCACCACAACGCCGUCAUGGCAGCCUGGGAAGCCGUCGUGGACGCACCAGCCCGCGCCGGGUAACAACGGGGUGACUCGAUCCGAGUUGGGCGGUCCUGCUUCCAUGGUGGGGGAUAUCUUUGGGAAGAGUUGGAACUCUCCUAAGCCUGCCACUUCUGGGCAGAGUGUUAACAUUGGGGUUGUUAAUAAGAACCCUAACUUGUUUGGGGAUUUGGUGGGUUCUGCGUUGGGGCAGAACAAAAGUAGUAGUAAUGUUCCCUUGAAAAGUGCUGCUCCUGUUAAGAGCUCGUUUUCGAUGGGGGGUGUGGCGGAUUCGCUGCCGAAAACGAAUAAUAGUAAUGUGGGGAAGAAUGGUGCUGGUGCUGGUGCUGGAUUGGGUUCUUCCCAGAGCUUUGCAAGCUUUGGAGGUGCAACAAAUGGUAGUAGUCUUUAUGGGAAUACUGGUGUGAACAAGAGUUCAAGUAUGGGUGGUGGUUCAAUGCGGAGUGUAGCUGGUGGAAGUGGUGGUGGUGGUAUUGGAACUGGGAUGAGCUCCAAUAAAGACCCAUUUGGUUCGUUGGUUGAUUUUUCAGCGAAACCUAUGGGUGGUGGUAGUCUUAAUUCAUCUUCCAAAGCUACUGCUUCUACUUCUUCGGAGGACUUGGGGUUUGGGGAUUUCCAAAAUGCAUCAAAAUCAAAUACAUCCACAUUUCCUUCUGGAAACGGCAACUCCUGGGGAUCUAGUUCGGGUGCAGUUCCACAAAUGGAUAGUUUUGCAGCUUUUGCCCCUCAGAAGAAUCCUGCACCUGUACAACCUAGUUGUGGUGAUUCAUUUGACAUGUUUUUCUCACCAUCAGCAGCUUCUGGUGGUAGCGGCGAUGCUCCAGUAUCAGAUCAUGCUGCUGGAGGAAACCAGUUUUCAGGCGGGGACAAUUGGGGUUUUGAAUCAGAAUAUGGAGGACAUGAUGGGGGUAGUACUACUGAGAUUGAAGGGCUUCCACCACCUCCAGCUGGUGUUUCAGCUUCUACUGCAAAGUCUAAAGGUCUGGAUAACUAUAAACAAGGGCAGUUUGCUGAUGCUAUAAAGUGGCUUUCUUGGGCUGAAGUUCUUCUUGAGAAAGCUGGCGAGGCUGCUGGCACAAUGGAGGUCUUGUCUUGUAGGGCCUCAUGCUACAAGGAAGUUGGGGAGUACAAGAAGGCUGUUGCUGAUUGUACAAAGGUCCUUGAUCAAGAUGGGGAAAAUGUGUCAGUGCUGGUACAACGUGCACUCUUGUACGAGAGCAUGGAGAAAUAUAGGCUCGGAGCAGAUGACCUUAGAACUGUGAUGAAACUUGAUCCAUUAAACAGAGUUGCAAGGAGUACUAUUCAUCGUUUGAACAAAAUGGCUGAUUAGAGAAGUUGUGUUACAGAAAUUUAUAGCUUACUGAUUUGGCUGUAAGUUCUUAUACCUUAAAUGUUUAUAGGAUUGUCACAAUAAUGUGCUAUCCCCUUUCACCAAGGGUGGACAUAUAAAAAGAAAAUGUCUCCCAUCAAUACAUAAUAUUCCUGUAUCAGUUUAACUUGUAUGAUUUCCUGUAUCAGUCAGUUUUGUAUUUCCUCAUUUUGUUCAGAUGUAAACUGAUGAGUGAUUUUUUUUUUUUUACACUAAGAGACGAUGAGUGAUUUUGUGUACUACAUUGAGAUUUAUUUUAAGAUAUUGUUCUUCCUUGGCAAAUGCUGAUGAAAAAAAAAAGAUAAUUGUUUGA